AUGUUUAUUCAAAGGAUUGUCGGCGUCCUCUCGGCGAGCGUCAUCUUCUUCCACACUUCCUCUGCCCUCGUGGCACGAAAAGCAUCGGCAUCAGCCUCAUCGUCGUCCCUUGCAAUUGCGGCAACCGUCUACGCUGGAAACGCUACCGCGAAAGGCUUUCCAGGUGUUACCAGAGACAACGGAGGCGGCGGAAAGGUUAACGGGCACAAUGUCAUUGUCUUUGGCGAUACUCAGACGCCAAUUGACGGGCCGACGAAUUCCAGUUGGGAAUCCAAUACAUACACUUACGUUCCCGAUACCUCAAACCCUCUGGCAGUCCAAGACUUUGGAAGCAACGGCCACCCGGAACUGAUGGUGCCGUGGGGCGAAGGCGAGGGCAAUGCCACUGACCCGACGGAUCAUAGCAACUGGUUCAUUUGGCCCGACAGUACGUUUGAUAAACACGAUGGUCUAAACUAUCCCCUUGCCACGCAAUUUAACAAUGGAUCCGACUUAGAGGCGUACGCUGUCUAUGGGGUUGGUUUACGUACACCCCGAACUUGGUAUUACAACACGCUAUGCAAAAUCACGGCCAACGAUACUGGCCUUACUGUCACGCGCCCUGUUCAGAAAUACAUCACUCCGGACUUCCAGUAUAAGUGGGGUUGGGCCGUCGCUUCCCAUACUGACGGAGAGAUCCGACUCUUCGCCGUCCAAGACGAAAACCUGUAUAUUGCCAAGGUCCCUUGGGACGAGAUGGAAGAUACUUCAAAGUUAACUUACUGGGAUGGCACAAGCUGGUCGAAGAAAGAGGCCUCGGCAGCUUCCAUCGCCACCGGCAGCUUCGCUUCUGGCGACGUUUUCUGGUCACCACACCACCAAAGCUGGGUCGCCAUGUUCAUGGGUGAAGCGGCAACCGGCUCGACCUUCUAUGUUAGCAUCUCUACAAGCGGAAACGAGUGGGGGCCUUACACGGAAGCGCAGAAGAUCUUUGAUCCCCCAUGGGACCAGGGGAUCUUUAAUUACGGGGGACACGCUUAUUCGCAAUUCUUCGACACCGACGCAAAGGAUGUUUUGGUGAGUUGGACAGUCAGCGGUGCUUAUACCCAAAUGGCCAAGGUGACUUGGGAUGACAAGGAGACUCCCUUGGGCCAAGGGUUUAGUGGAGCGCACAUGCACCUUUCGAUUGGUGUUGAUGGAUUUCGAUGGCCGACGAAUCAGCAAAUGAAUGCGGAGAGUCGUUCGUCAGGCUGCGUCAUUGGAUCUACAAGAUCGGCGUCAGGCAUAGUGGCGCUGCGGGUAUGCAUUCCCACGGUCCGUCGGCCAACCGGCGACCGCUCGCUCAUGCACGUGGGUCUCUCGCUGGCACCUUACCUUUUCGAUAAGAGGAAGGUGUGUAAAGCCACAAAUGUCGUUCUCUCAAAUGAUGAUGGCUGGGCCGAGAUAAAUAUCCGGACGUUUUACAACACCCUAACAGCAGCCGGCGACUCCGUUGUCCUGAGUGCUCCUGCUGAAAACGAGUCAGGGACAGGUUCAUCAGACGCGCCAGCAACGCCGCUCACAGAGCCCUGCGAGUAUAAUUCUUGUCCUACUGGAUCUCCGGCCGAGGGCAACAAUGCAUCCAACACACGCCUCAAUUACGUCAACUCUUACCCAGUCACAUCGAUGCGCUACGGCAUCCAGACGUUGUCUCCCAAAUUCUUCGGUGGUGCGCCAGAUAUUGCGGUGGCGGGUUUUAACGUGGGAGCAAACCUUGGUAGCACUGUUCUCAUAUCUGGAACUGUUGGAGCAGCGACGGAGGCUUCAAAAGAAGGAAUCCCCGCCAUUGCCUUCAGCGGCACCACAGGGUCGCAGACCGGAUACACUGCGCCAGUGCAGACAUAUAUGACCGUAUACGCAGACCUAUCGACCAAUGUCACUCAGAGCCUCGUGGCGUCUGGCAAGCCGUACCUUCCAUCCGAUAUCUGGCUCAACGUUAAUUUCCCCGCCGUGAACUGCAGUACUUGUUCAUCGCCUGCCGACUUCAAGUUCGUCUUGUCCAGGAUCAAUAGCGCAACGAGCAGUACCGCAAAGGAUGUCAACACAUGUGGAUCGACCAGGCUUCCGACUGAGACCACGGUUGUUGAUACGGCGGGGUGUUAUGCCAGUAUCAGUGUGGGAAACGCUGUCGCUAAGACAGAUGCGAAUGCGACUGAGCAGGCAGUCGUGUUGGAGAAAUUGCGGAGCAUACUCUCCUGUCUGCCUUGA